CUCCUUGCUCAAUAAAGCACAUGUGUAAGUUUCCUUACCUAUUCAUGAGGGGCUAAGUUACAUGUCUUGCAGGGAGUGGUUUCUCCGUUUCCUGCAAACUGACAAGACGGGACAUGUAAAGUCUUUGUGUGUAAGUGUUCAUGUGAUGACGUAGCAGCUGCUGAAUCCAGUUUGGCAGGAUUUCUGAGGAAAGGGCGAGAGAGCAGAGAGACCCAGAGAGAGAAAGGAGCGGAAUACUUUAAACUACAUUCGUCUUCCCUUCAUUUAACUUCACUGUUGUGCAUUAAUCUUUUACUGCUGGUGUCCACAUAUUUGGUUUUGGUGUUUGGGCACGGUUUCUGCACCGGGCCAGUGCAGCAGCAGGGAUGAACUGGUCGGGACUGGAAAGUCUGUUGAGUGGAGUCAAUAAAUACUCCACUGCAUUUGGGAGGAUCUGGUUGUCUAUGGUGUUUGUCUUCCGUGUACUGGUGUUUGUGGUUGCAGCGCAGAGGGUCUGGGGGGACGAGAGCAAGGACUUUGUGUGUAAUACCCGGCAGCCUGGCUGUACCAAUGUCUGCUAUGACAGCAUCUUCCCCAUCUCCCACAUCCGUCUGUGGGCACUGCAGCUCAUCUUUGUCACCUGUCCAUCCUUGAUGGUGAUAGCUCAUGUUAAAUACCGUGAAGGAAAGGACAGGAAAUAUGUGGAGCUAAACCAUGGCUCUCACCUGUACGCCAACCCCGGCAAGAAGAGAGGGGGGCUGUGGUGGACGUACCUGCUAAGUUUGGUCUUCAAAGCUGGAUUCGACACAUCAUUUCUCUAUAUUUUGUACAGGAUAUACCAUGGAUAUGACCUGCCCAGGUUAUCCAAGUGUACACUGGAACCAUGCCCCAACACCGUCGACUGCUUCAUUAGUCGGCCGACUGAAAAAAAGAUCUUCAUGUUGUUCAUGGUUAUAUCCAGUGCACUGUGCAUCUUCAUGUGUAUUUGUGAGAUGAUUUAUCUCAUAGGCAAGCGCAUCAGCAAACUACUAAAGAUCCAACACGAGAACCAGAGACUCAUUUUUGCUGAGCAGCAUGAACUCACCAACAUAGCCCCGCCAAGGUCCCAGUAUCGGAAGACUGACCCAACACUAACAGACAGUCAGCUGAGUUUAAAUAAAUGUGAGAAGGUCAGAGAAGGGGUUACAAGUACAGCACUAUAGGACACAGUGGUCACUAAGCCAUGGGUCUGUUUCUGAUGGGUGGGACCACACAACAACAACACGGGUCACCUACAAAAACUAUUAAACCAAAAGACUGGGCCGAUCCUGUGCAUCAUGAUCCUUUGAUCCAGCUUAACACGAAACAUACAUGAUGAUUCUCCAUCAGAAGACUCGACAAUACCUGGUUGAUUGUAGGACACCUUUAAAGAAGAGGACUACUACUACUGCAAUGUCUGGAAGUCACAUUUCCACCUUUGUACAACAGACCGACUAAUGGUGACUAUACAAGGAGAAUACAAGCUUUUCCAGCACAGAUGGAGUCUGAUGAUGUGUUCUCAGGACAUUGUUGAUUCAUUAUCAACAUUAUGUCACUUAUUGUAAACUACAGCGCUUGGGAUUUUUAACACUGUUAACAGCUUUAUUAACAGAUUGACUGAGAAAACCUCCAUUGCUCUGCGUAUCCAUAUUUCUUCUACUACGGGGACCAAAAUGCCACUAGAAAUUUGAUAAGCUGACGCCCUCACAUGAAGUGCUGAGGUACCCAUCAAGGUUCAACUCUUUCCUCCAAAAAGGCUGGUAUAAAUCUAGAUUUGCUUAAUGGUCUGCAGAUCACUGAGAGAAAGGAACAGAAGGCAAGUGAAUUGCAGAUUCUCAUAUCUGCUCUAUCUGACAGCCAGCUGAUUCCUUCACGUGUCCUGUUAGAGGUGCUCAAUUAUCAGAAUUUAAAAUAUGCAUUACCAUAGAAUGAUUGCAUUGUUGUUAUUUAAUUUGAGUGGAGAGAAUGAACUUUAAGCCGUAAUUGUACAGGCAGGACUUUAGCUGAGCUGACAGAAUGGUGUUAAAUGAUAAGGUCAUUUCUACUCUACCCACAAUCACUCCUCAAGCUACUUCUGUUUUGACUAAGAGGCAACUGGAAUGUGGUCUAAUUGUUUCUUUUAAGGUAGGCUGACUUUUUUUUUCAGGACAGUGAUAAAUCUUAUUGCUUAUCAAAUAAACAUGUUGAUCAAG